AUGGGUGAGCUAGAAACGGGUAGAGGUUUGAAUCAAGAACUUGGUCUUAUUAAAGCCGGUGACACUCGUUGGGGAUCUCACUACAAGUCGUUUGGAAAAUUUAUUAGUAACUUUGCCUCCAUUGUUGAUGUACUUGAUUCUCUUGUUGAAAAUGCAAGUACUUUGGAAGAAAAAGCUAGCGCAUCGGGAUUUCUCAUAAGUUGUCAAACUUUUGAGACUGUUUUCUUGUUGCAUUUGAUGACUGAUGUUUUAGGAAUCACAAAUGAUCUUAAUGUGUCAUUACAGAAAAAGGAACAGGAUAUUACUAAUGCCAUGAUUCUUGUAAAAGUAGCAAAGAGAAAAUUGCAAGCAUUACGAGAUAAUGAAUGGGAUUCUAUUUUAAAAAAAGAAU